UUAGAACGAUGUCUGUCGAUUUCAAUUCCAGAAGAUCAUGUGUUGUUUGUACGAAAGGUUGUGUGGCAAGUAGCCAACAUUUAGCCUCAGAAAUUGGCAUUGGUAUUCUCAAAAAGGGAGGCAAUGCAGCUGAUGCUGCUGUUGCUAUGGCAGCAGCCUUAAAUGUAACAGAGCCUUGCUCUACAGGGAUUGGAGGAGAUGCUUUCUGUCUAUUUUAUGAUUCCAAAGCAAAUGAAGUGCACAGUGUCAAUGGAAGUGGUAGAGCCCCUUCUAAGCUGACUGUAGAAUUGCUUCACUCACAGGGAUUUUCCAUGACUCAGCCAUUUCCUGCCCAGACACAUGGACAUUCAGUGACUGUGCCUGGAGCUCCUGCAGCAUGGAUAGACACAGUAGAGAAAUUUGGAAGUGGGAAGCUUUCAAUGUUGGAGAUACUGGAUCCUGCCAUAGAGUUAGCAGAGACAGGGUACCCAGUCCAAGAGCUUACUGCUUCAUUUUGGAACAAAGGAUCCUAUUUACUCACUGACCCUAACAACAGAUAUGGGACGGACAUGCUACUUAAUGGACAAGCUCCAAAACAUGGAGAAAUUAUGAGAAUGCCCCACCUUGCAAACACCUUAAGGGAGCUGGGCAUUCAAGGGAAAUCAGGAUUUUAUUGUGGUAGAAUAGCAAAAGCGAUUGCUGACGUGGUGCAAUACCAUGGCGGUGUUAUGACGACGGAAGAUCUCGCAAGCCACGUGACCACCUUUGAGGAUCCAAUCAGUAUCGACUAUAAGGGUUAUAAGGUUUGGGAGGUACCUCCGAAUGGUCAGGGUAUAACAACGCUGAUAGCUCUUAAUAUACUAGAAGGCAUGGACCUGAAAGGAAUGGGUCACAAUUCUGCUGAAUAUAUCCACAGUUUAGCCGAGACCUUAAAGCUGAGUUUUACUGAUACAACAUGGUUCUGUGCUGACACGUCCCAAGUUGAGGUUCCUAUAACUCAACUACUGUCUAAAGAGUAUGCUGCCAAGAGAAGGUCUUUGAUCAAGUCUGACAGAGCAUCUAGUGAUGUCCAACGUGGCAGUUUUAGUGUUGGAAAUGAUACGGUGUAUUUUACCACGGCAGACAAAGAAGGCAAUGCAUGUUCCUUCAUCAAUAGCAACUUCAUGGGGUUUGGAACGGGGUUUGUACCAGAGGGAUGUGGCUUUACACUACAGAAUAGAGGCUGUGGAUUUUCUUUGGACCCCAAACACCCUAAUGUACUUGCCCCAAACAAACGACCAUUCCAUACCAUUAUUCCUGGCAUGGUGACUGAUACUAAUAGCAAUGAAUUAUUGGUGAGCUUUGGUGUAAUGGGAGGGUUCAUGCAGCCACAGGGGCAGGUGCAAACGCUUUUAAACAUGAUUGAAUUCGGGAUGGACCCCCAGAAGGCUCUUGACGUUCCGAGGUUGUGUGUGGGAGGAAGCUACGGGUACGACAGUGCAAUUAUUGCUGUAGAAGAGGGGAUCUCCCCCGAUGUUGUUCAGAAACUGAAAAGUUUUGGUCACACAGUGGAAGGUCCUGUUUGUGGAGAAAACCGAAGUCGUUUCGGUAGAGGUCAGAUAAUUACCAGGGGACCUGUUUUCAGGGGUCAGGAAUAUAGAAAAGAAAUCAUCCCCACUCUAUGGGCUGGCUCCGAUCCUCGAGGUGAUGGAAUGGCGAUUGGAUAUUGUACUUGAUUUCCUGAGGAAGGCGCGAACUGUAAAAGAAUGUACAGUAAUUAAAAACGCAAAUGUUUAUAAAUAUCAUAUUUAAUACAAAAUUUAAUACAAAAUGGCUAACUAGGUGUACCUGCUUAUAAGAUAAGGGUGAAACGAUAUACCUGUAGAA